ACAUAUAUUACACCAAUCCACUGAACAGUAGGUGUGGACUUCUGGAAUUCUCAUCAGUAGUCAGGCUUGCUGGGGAAUUCUGGGAACUGUAGUCCAUACAUCUGGAGGAUGCAGAAAUGGUGGAAGACUGAUUUAAAAUCUGAAUGGAAUUACACUUAACCAAGUUUGGUUGUCCUGUGCUGUUGGUAUGAAUGCGUUUUGAACAAUUACAGAAGCAAAGUUCUGCUCAAUUUGACCAACAUCCACGUGGUCCUUCCUCUACAUUCUUACAGUUGGUUCUGGAUAGCUUGCAACCAAGGUAACAGUACCAAGUAUGAAGACUCUGCUUCUCCUUAUCAGUAUUCUUGGACUAGUCGUUGCUUCCCCUAUCCAGAGGAGUGAUGCUUUGCUCAGAAGAGGCCCCGGGGACAAUAUUAAUUCUACUAAUGUAGAUAAAGAAAUAUUAGUUAAUACUGCCCAUAAAAAUGAGCAUAAGCAAAGCAGAGAUGGUGAUCACCAGGAAGGAGGAAUAUUGCUCAACCUCAAGAAACAGUAUGUUGUAGCUGAAAAAGUCUCUACAGAUGAUGCUAUCAAUCCCUACAGAGUUGACCAGAAUGCCAGUGAGAGACAGCUGCUUCAGGAUAGCAUAGGACUUGCAAAAGUCACAAGUAAUAAUCAGUACAAUACGCAGGAAAGUCUGGGUAAAUACCUUAAGAGCCAUCAGGUGGAUCUCUUCAAAAAGAUUGGCAACAUUGAACAAAAUUACAUUGAACGUCAGAAAGAGAACAAUGCAGUUCAUGGCCCAGCAUCCACAACAGGAAGCCCCAACAUUCAUGAGACAGAUACCUUUGCUGAAAAGCAGUAUAUUGAGGGAUCUCACACCAGGAGUGAUCUUAAGCCAAGAAAAGAUGUUGAUCAUUACAGUUUUGACAGCUUCAAUUUAUAUGAUGAGGGCAUGCAAGGAGAUGACCCAGGAUAUGCUGAUGACUCUGAUUCUGGUGAGAGCAAUUCCAACCAGCACUCUGGGGGACCAGAUAGUUCAAGUGAUUCAAAUGAGGAGGAAUCAGAACAAUCCAGCAAUUCAGCAAACCCUGGAAGCUCAAAUGAUUCCAAUGGGUCCCAAGAUUCCAGCAACUCUAAUGAUUCCAGUAGUUCAAGUGACUCUACUGAUUCUAGCAGCUCCAGUGAUUCUAGCAGCUCCAGUGAUUCUAGCAGCUCCAGUGACUCCAGUGAUUCUAGCAGCUCCAGUGACUCCAGUGAUUCAAGCAGCUCCAGUGCCUCCAGUGAUUCAAGCAGUUCUAGUGCCUCUAGUGAUUCGAGCAGUUCCAGUGAUUCUAGUGACUCUUCUAGCAGCUCAAGUAGCUCCAGUGAUUCUAGUGACUCCAACAGUUCCAGUGACUCAAGUGAUUCCAGUGGUGCUAGUGAUUCUGAUGAUUCUUCUGAGUCCAGCAGUUCAAGUAGCUCCAGUGAUUCUAGUGACUCCAAUGGUUCCAGUGAUUCCAGUGGCGCUAGUGAUUCUGGUGAUUCUUCUGAGUCCAGCAGCUCAAGUAGCUCCAGUGAUUCUAGUGACUCCAACAGUUCCAGUGACUCAAGUGAUUCCAGUGGUGCUAGUGAUUCUGAUGAUUCUUCUGAGUCCAGCAGUUCAAGUAGCUCCAGUGAUUCUAGUGACUCCAAUGGUUCCAGUGAUUCCAGUGGCGCUAGUGAUUCUGGUGAUUCUUCUGAGUCCAGCAGCUCAAGUAGCUCCAGUGAUUCUAGUGACUCCAACAGUUCCAGUGACUCAAGUGAUUCCAGUGGUGCUAGUGAUUCUGAUGAUUCUUCUGAGUCCAGCAGCUCUAGUGAUUCUAGUGGUUCCAACAGUUCCAGUGCUUCUGAUGCCUCUGAUAGUUCUAAUGGCAAUAGCAGCUCCAGUGAUUCUGGCAAUUCUAGUAAUUCCAGCAGUUCCAAAUAAACUAUUUGAGAGGUACAGAUGACACAACAGGAAAAAGCUGAAGCUUUUGAACAUAAUAAGUCAAAAAUGAUAGCAUUGUUGGCAAAAGUGCGAAGUGAAAAAUACAUUUCACUCUUGUUUCGAUAGCUGCUUUGCUGUAUUAGGCAGGGAAGUUCAAUGCAAUCACAAAUCCUUAAACCUUUUUAUGCAUAAUUGGUGUCUAUGUUGGCUGCUCCACUGACUUCAUCAUGAAAACAAAUAUUCACAAUUAUGAUAAAACCCAGAGUUCUCCAAAAAACUAAACAAUUUUCAGAUUUCUCUGUAACACAAAAACAGUUACAACGGGUUCCAAACUGUUUUGUGAGCAAAUGCCGCACUUUGAAUUAACAACAGUACUCUUUUUCCAGGCAUCCAUUUGGGAACUGUAGUUCUAUGUGUAUACAUGUGUGUGAAUAGAGCUCCUUAUGAUUCUUUGAGGACUGUCACAACAUUUAAGGUGGGCUAAAAUCAAUUGCUUAUUCACCUUUGCACUCACUGUCAUAAUGUGGGUUGAUUUUUUAUGAUUUGAUUUAGCAUAAUGUGUGAAUCCUGCCUUUGGGAUUGACGGCUUCAAGAACUGAAUGGACACAACUGUAGCGCAAUGUGUAAACCCAACCGUUAUAAAGAUAAUGUGUACUUCCCUAAAUACAAAAUGGAAAUGGCUCUCAGGUGGGUCAUACACAUGGGCAUCACCAGAUCUCUAGGGACACAGCCUUAAGCACUGAAAAAUGCUACAGAGCAAAAGUGAUAUACUGUCAAAAAUGAAAAUGGUGGGCCAACUUUACCCAUCUGAUGUUCUCCAGAUGUCUUUAAACUACAAUUGCUAGAAUCCCUAGCUUUCUGGCUAGGAAUUCUGGCAAAUACAGUCCUAACUCAUGCAGAGGACGCUUGAUUGAGGAAGGCUACAGUAAACAAACCCUUCUCUCUUGUGUUUUCUGUGAUUUUCCCCUCUUUUUUGAUAUUUGUUUUCUUUUCUAAUUUUGGGGAUUGUGGCUUCUUAUUAUAGAACUAGGGUGUGGAAUCCUGACAGCACAUCAAAGCUAGUGUGCAAGGUUGUUAAAAAGACAAGCUCAGAUUAUGCUAUAAAUAUUCUGGUACAACAGGGUCACUUCCAACAUGUUUAAGAAAUCAUAAUCAUAUAUCCAAAUUAUUCCAUCAGCAAAAGGCCUUGUGUAACCUCAUCUCUUCUUUUCCCAGACUGCUGUAACUGGACAAAACAAUAUCCUAUCAUAUCUUGGCCACAUUUAUAGACUGUAGGUAGUAACCAGCCCAGUUAAGUCCCUGCUAAUCAUUUCAUUACAAUGAAAUCCAAGAUAGAUGAAACACAAACUGAUAUACAUUGAAACACUGUAAAAGACAAAUCAAGUCAGGAGCUACACACUGAAAGGAUACUAGGCUAGGAAAAUGGUGAACAUUAUGACCCAGAACAUGGGUAAGUUGACCAAUAUGUUACAGAGUGGGGCAGACUCUGCACUGAUUUUUUUCUCUUUUUUUCCUUAAAAAAAGUAACUAAAAGAGGGCAUGAUGAAGGGUUAUAAAAUUACAAAGUUCUGCAAAAUCAUGAAGAAAGGCAGUUUCUAUCUCUGUUCCCAGUACAGGAACUCAAGAACAUCCAAUGGAAGUUAUUAGUGGAAAAGAAAUACCUUUAUCACACAGUGCACAAUUCUUUUAGUUUAGAAAUCUUUAAAUGGGGAUCAGAAGUUCAUCAUUCCUUAUUAGGCAUGGAAAGAAAAUAAAAUCUUUAAACCGAGCAGGAAAAUACUAACCAAAUACUAACUAUCAAUACCAUAAGCAAUAUAUACCAUCAAUAUUGGGAACUUGGGAUAUUACAGUAUUGAUUUCCCAGAGGUUUCUAGCUGGCUGUAGUUGAAAGUAGGAUUCUGAAUUGGAUUUUGCUGUUCCAGCAUAGAAGCUGUUCUGAUGAAGUGCUGUCUUGCACAGAGUUAAUGGGAAUUGCAAUCCCACACAUCUGGAGGGCACUAGAUUAGAGAAAGUUGAUCUAGUACUGAAGAAUGAAAUCUGAACACUGAGCUGCUUAUCUUUCCCUUCCUAAAAUUCUGACUAAAAUGCUUACCUUCAAGCUAGCCAGAAUUUGCCCUUUUUCAGCCUGGAACGCAGCUACAUGCAGAGUCAACCAAUGGUUGAACCUUUAGAAAAUUCUGCAGGAGCUAAAAAUGUCUGAUUUCUGGGAAUGGCAGUAGCGGCACCAUGGUUUGGCAUCUUUUGUGAGUCCAAAGAUAUUUUUGCAACAUCUGAUCUUUACUAUUAUUGGAAACAUCCAAGCUGGAUUUUUGUCAGGGUUUUUCUCUAACUGUUAGCUUUGCUUUAUAUUUCAUUCCAUAAUCUUUGCCUUCCCAGUCCCAAGAUUUUGCUUAGGAUUAAGCUAGUAAUUGAAAGAGAACUGGCUUGGAAGCAAGUAUGAUGAUGAUAAUGAGCUUUAUGGUACAGUACGGCUGCAGCUCCUCAUCACUGCAAUGUUGGUUACAAUUGUUGGGAGUAGUAGUUCAAUAAAAUCUGAAGGGCCACAGGUUUUCCGUGUCUGUGUUAUAAGAGUACAGUUAUUAUUUAGACAUAAGCCCAGUGAAAUCAAUGAGAUGAUUUCAGUUUAGUAAUUGUGGCUAGGGCUAGUUUGUUUCAUUAUAGAAUAUAAUAAGCUUCAACAAGUCACUGUUCUUGCAAGACUGAUAGUUAUUUCCACACUUUUAUUAACCUUAUCUUCACCGGCGAGUCUUUUAUGUAACCGUGGCUUUUACCAUAGGAUUAUUACAAGAAAGUUUCACUGGAUUUAAGUAAAACUCAGUGUAAUAAAGUUGAUUAUU